UCCCAAUGGCGCAGGCUGUAACGCAUAUCAGCGAAGAGGAAACGUCUCUGUGGCAAUAACUGACAUUUAAAGAGAUGUUAACAGUCCUUUUUCUCCUUUCCCUUAUUUUUUCAAAAAUCCUUUUGGAACUACUGCGAUGGUCAUAUAUAUGAUUCAUCCUGACUUCCGAAGUAUAAUCAACGGUGAAACAAACGGUUCGGUCAGAGAAAACGGGAACGCCGCCGAGUGUUGUGACGUGCAGCUGCAGGAGUUCAAGUCAAAAGUUUACGGUAGAAUUUCUCUCUUUCGCCACGGUGAUCUUCUCACAAUUCAUACUUUUCAGAAACAUAGCAUGCCGUCGAUGGGGUUAGAGUUAUCGACACACAUGGUCUCAGUUUCUAUGGUCACAGAUAAGGCAGAUAAGGGUAACCGGCCACUCCCGGGCACAGGCGCUGGGUUAUGUCAUGAUCUCUGCUACAAGAAGCUUUGUUAGAAGUGUAAGUAAUGAUGAUAAUAGACCAUUGGUAAUCAUCCAGAAUAAGGCAACAACCUCUGUCUUACAAGAAAAUUUAUAGCAGUUUUGUUGGCUUCUGCCAUAAUGCACAGAAGGGAGUCCAUGGCAUCACUUGAUGUGUUAAUUAUCUGGAUAAU